GGGAAGGUCACGUGCCGGUAGGCCAACUGCUGCCCACGUGACGUGCCGGCUAACCUUCACCUAGACUGGAUCACAAACACACAAAAAGUAGAUCGCCAAGCGUGAGACGUGAAUACUCCGUGGCUGUUUAUUUCUUGCCAUGUAAACAAAAGCAAGAGUAUAUGAGGAAAGAGAGUAACAAGAAGUAAAACGACACUGUGACUGGUGGAUGAACGACAAUCGACUUGCCCAGUCGCCCAGUGUCCAUGACUAGUCGACUUGUCUUCUGCGUGUCGUCUGCUUCUAUUUAAACUGAGUUCACUUCGUCAACCAUAAGUGUUGUAAAGACCAGCUUCGAUGUCAUCACACGAGUGUUGCACGAUCACGAGAAUGCUCUUCCAGUGAUCUGGGGUAUCACAAUUUAAGUGCGAUUAGGUCUUCGGCAAAUCAGUGAUACUUCAUAAAGCCUGCAGUCACGUAGCCGUGAAGUGUUUCAGUAUCUGUUGGAAUUUAUAUCGAUCCUUCUAUACGUCACGUAGUCAGAGUACAUCGAUAUUCAUCGUCAGAUAAGUAUAAAUUAUUUUUUAUUUUCUCUUUCAAAACAUUACAGACAGCCUAGAAGGAGGUAUUGUAGAAACGCUUAUUUCAAAGAAGAUUUGACUAUAAUCAGAAGAUUCACAGGCUGCACAGAAGGAAAUGUCAUUGUUUACUAUCAACAUUUAAAAAACAGUCUUGAACACAAGAGCACACAUCUGAAUAAUCGAAAUGAUUUUCAAAGUGCUUACUUUGGACGAAGUUGUACAGUUGAAAGAUGAGCUUCAGCAUGAUCUGCCAGGAUCAGCAAAGAUGUUCUACAUCCUGUGUAGUUUCCUCAGUGGGUUGCUGAAAGGAUUUGAAGUCAUCGUUGACCAGUGGCCAGAGUGGACUUGUAUUUUGUUGAGGCCAGAAUCCGAUGAAGCGGUGCCAUCCUAUUUCCGGCACUACUAUAUUUGCCACACUCGCAGUGUAAAAGCGUUUAGAUUCUUUAUACAACGGCCAUGUGUAGUGAACUGGACAAAGCCAACCGUCUUUACAGGUGUGCCUUAUGAUACAGUGCCUACACUGCAGGAACAGUCUCGUAAACAUGGGGGACAAAUGUCAUCUUUAGAAAACAGGUUCAUGUAUGCAUGGACAAAGAAAGAACUUCCAGAACAACCGCCGCUGCCUGAAGGCUUAACACUCACAACACUUGAGCCAAAACAUGCAGCAGCCUUGUGUGAAAGAUGGAAGAAUUAUAGGCCUGACCCUGCUCUGGACCUUUACAUGCAAGUGAUCACACAACGCUUUGAUUCCAGUGCCAUAGUUAAUGAGGAUGGAGAUCUAGUGGCCUACAUUGGCAUGCAGUUCAACGGGGCAAUGGCAAUGCUGCAUGUAGACCCUCAAUACAGAGGACGCAAUCUUGGCCAGAUUGUUCUAGCUGACCUCACCAGAAAGCUCCUUGCCAAAGGCAAGACAGCAUAUGGUCUAAUCCCAACCAAAGACACUAGCUUCAUUGCUACCAGCAGCCAGAAGUUAGGAUUUACCUGGGUACCACAAGGUAGCAUGUCUUGGGUGCGCUUUGUGCCCAAAUCUGCAUUUAAGCCUAUGCCCAAUUACUCCAUGACUGUGGCUUCAAAGGCUGGUGCGGAAGUUAACAAAAUUGAUUCUGAUGGGCCACAGCAGCAGAAAUCUUCAGAUGAACAAAUGGUUCAGGAGCAGUUGCACCUUACCGCACUUCCUCUCUCCUGUAAUGAAUGUUCUGAUAUAAGCUCAGAGAUUCCCACGAUUUCUUGUUCACAUAUGAAAGUGGGAAUCUGUUAAUGAUAGAACAGGUAGUUUGUCAGAAGAUUAAAACUUGAGUAUGCAGGAAUACAGAUGUGAAACAUUGCACAAUGACUUUUUUUUUGUUUUUUGUUUUUAUUUUUUUGUUUGUUAAACCUAGGCAAUGAGUUCUGGUUGAUAUCUUAGUUAUGGCUUUUAAUUUAUUCCAAUCUCCUGCUAAGUAUACCCAAUAGGACAUAGGUCUGCAAUACCCAAAUCACAGUCAGCUGGAUUAAAUAGUUUGUAUACAAUACUAUUAAGCCAAGUGAUAUGUGCUAUUAUUAUUAGAAUCUUAAAAAGCCAUUGUAAAUUACACCAAAGCAUGACAUAAGGACAGUUUUAUGGACAGAGUUUUUUCUGUGAUUAUAAGACUACAAAAAUAAGUUUUUGUAGCUUAUGGCAAGCAAAAAAACUUUGCCAUAGAGCAAGAUUAUGAAGCUGAAUAUAUGUGUAAUGAAUGAGCAAGCCUUUUGGUCUUGCACCCUCUAUGUUGCUAUUAUUUAACUGAAGCAAUGACCACUGUUUUGACAGGCCUCUAGUUCUUUUGUCACCUUCACACCAAAACAAGCAUAUAUUAGGUGUAGUAAGAAUUCACUUAAAAUAAACUAGUGUUGUCCCUAUGGUGUCAGCUGCAUGUUCUGUAGAAGUUCUGUUUUUCGUGACUGAACAUUGAAGUUAUUGGAAUUCAACAAUUUUGUUGAAUGGUUUUAUUCUAACAUGAUAAUAAUUAAGUUUGUAAAAUCCAUUUCCCUUUUUGGAUACAGGCUAAAUGCACUUCACCUGAAAGACAAUGAAUGAAGCAACAGUCAACCAUACAAUAAACAUAGGCAUCAGCAAACAAAUAACACCAUAACCAAACCAACGGGAAAAAAAUACAUAGAUGAAGAAUUGAAGAGUGGGUAGAACUGUACUUUUGAUUAUGCAAGAUAUUUCCUAAAGAGAUCGGUUUUGAGGCUUCAAAUAUAGAUACAGUUUGAAAAGAAUUCCAGACAGCGGGACCAGAAAAGGAAAAGGAGUGUCUGGUGAAUUUCUCUCGCUGAUGGCACAGAGAGGAGAGCAACACAAGCAGACUGAAGAAUGAGAUGUGGUAAGGUGUGAGUAGCUCAUAGGUAUGCUUGGGUAAGGUCUUGAGGCCAUUAGGUAAGCUGUUAAUUGUUUGUAGACAGACAUCAGAAGACUGUUAAUUGGCAUCUUGGAUGUACAUACAGGUAUAUUUUAGCAUUUUCUUUAAUUACAAGUUACAAGCUAACCCCAACUCUUGCUUCACACCUGACAUUUAUUGCCAUAGACCAUAGUCACAAAUUAAAGGCUAACUUGAAUUUAUAACUAUUUUGAAAUAGGUAAAUCUCUUUUCUUUUGUCAUUAAAAGUCAGUGCAAGUGUGCCUUUUGUGACCACUGCACAGCUCCCUAAUCACCAAAUUUGGCUUCAAAUUAAUGACAAAUUCAUAUUGACCUAGCAACAUUUUUUUUUUUUCAAUCUAAAUUUCAUGUUUGAUUCAGGUCGGCCUUUAAAUUUGCUGAUUCAUCACUGUACAUAUAGUGCAAGACAAUGAGAUGAUACAGAUUUCCUGCAAUAAAUGAAUGGUAAACCAAAAUAUAAUUGUAUUUUUUGUAGAUUAUAUGCAACAAACAGUUGAAACUUUGCUUCAAAUGUCAAUACUGUAUUAUUUUUGCACUUUUAAAUGCUUAAGAUAAUCUUCUAACCUAUAUUUGCUGUAAAUGCUUUAGAAUAUUUUUGAAUAAGCCAUGCAAGUCUUGGGAAAUACAAACCUUGUUUAUGAGACCAGUAAAGCAUAUAUAAAAGUGUACAGAAUAAGUUUUUUUCCAAAUACAAACAAGUUUAUUACAUGAUUAUAUUUAGCAAGGCCUGAGCAAAUAAUCCUAUUUUAUUUGCAAUAGAAACUAUUGGAUAUGGAUGCUCAUCUAGUCAUGAAAAGAAGUCAAAACUGUGACAUUCAGUACUAAAGGCUGUAGCCUAAAACAACAAAGGCAAAUCUCCAGAUGUUUAAUUAAAACUAAACAAAACAAAAAUCAUGCUGUUAUCCCUUUAGUGGUGUUUCACCUCCUCUGCAUCAACUCCAACUAUUGAAAUUUUAUUUUUAUUUUGUUUCACCAUGAUGGAUAAAUUUGUUACAUAAAAUUGUUAUCGUGGGUCGUGCUUUGGGCUGAUUUAAGUAAAAUUCUGAGCCAUACUUGUGUCAAGAAGGCUAAUGAGCAAGUAUAUGUGCUUUAUAACUUUUUAUCCUUAAUGGCACCAUGAAAAAUGUUUGAUAAGAAAUGAAGUGAGAUUGAGGUACUUAUGAUGAGAUCAUUUCCAUCCCAUGUUUGUUCUGUUGUUUGUUUUGUCUAAUUAGCAGUUUUUUUGAGUCUUAUUGAGGGUGUCAGCACAAAUUUAUUCUCUUAUUGCCUGUUGUGGAGACUUAUCAUUCCUUAAGUUAGAACUGUGGCAGAAAUGUGUGUUUCAGUCCUGUUUACCUGUUUGCACAUUUAUUGGAAUAGAUUGGUACCUAUGUACUUUGGGUAAAACAUGGACCAUAUCAUGUUACACAAAGAACAACUUUAUUUAUUUCUUUUAGUGUGUUUGAAGCUGAAACAUUAUUUAUUUCCAUUAAAAGGAAUACUUUUUCUCUCUGUAGUGUAACUGUUUACCAGCAUAUGUGUGAGCUAUAUCCUUGACUUAUGUGGACGAACACCAACGACAUCUUUCCCUGAAUCUGUUUUUAGGCUAUUCAAGACUGUGGUUCAGUUAGCAUCAUUCAGGAUUCUGUAUUAUGGUGUGUUGCUUUCAGUUUUGAAUUUCUUUGCUAUGUUGUCAUGUUUCUUUUGCAGCUUCAGUUUGCUUGCAAAGUAAAUUUCUUUGCUGAACGCAAUUCAGAAAUCAGUGCUCAUGACUUUUGUAACUUCUUGGUGUACAAACUCAAGGGUGCUUUUUGCCUUUGGAUAUGGAAACUUCCAGCUAUCAGGUGGAUGUUGAGCAUUUACUGUUUGCAUAAGGUACAACAUAUAAAAAAGGAAUUUGACAAGUACAUCUUCCCACUUCUCCAUAAUAUUCUUUUUACUUGCAUGUAAAGUGUUUGGGUUCUUAAGGAUACACCCUUAACAUUAGUAACAGUUUAUUAUUAUCCUAGAUAAUAAUCCUGAUCAGUUCACCUCUUGAUUUAUAUCUGCUGGUUGUAUUGGUUACUAGUCCCUCCUUGAUGUUAUCUGGUGUCAUGGUUGCAUGAAACUAGAGAGUUUCUCAAAUCAUUGUGAAUUUUAAAAAUUCAUCACCUUUCUGGCAAAACGUGAUGUCUUUCAACCACAUUAUAAAAUUGUAUCUUGAGACAUUGUUGUAAAGGUAUUUUCAUUGUUUAAAGCAUUUGUACAUGUUGCAGAUACUAUGUAAUUUCUGCCAUUUCAGCAAGAGCUCAAUCUAAUGGGGAAAAAUCUUUUAGUAAUUUUUCUGUGGAUUUAAUUAAUUUGUGGCACUUUACAAAUAAACAUAGAUGGCAGGAUAUGACUAUCA